UUGAUGUCCGAACAAAACGAUUGAAAAAUGGCAGACCGCUUAGCCACAUUUCUAUUGGCCGUCGGAAAAGCUGCGCAUUGCACCGGAAUCUUACUGCUGUAUGGUCUUUAAAAUUUCAAGCCGUAACGUAUUUGGCAGGUAAAAAUAUAGUAGCAUGUUUCGGUCGUCUUCAAGUUCUUGAGUGUAGACGAUAAAAAAUGGAGUGUACUGAAAAUCACCGAGAGAACUGUAAAGUAGUUUUGACACACACGACUCAAUGUUUUUCUGGAGCAGGACGAAUGACGCGCUAUCUGGUAGCUAGCGGAUGAGUUCACCCGUUAUAUGGAACUUGUAAGCGACAACAGCUGCUGUACGGAAGAUAAGUAUGCAAGGCGGACAGCAGCAGAAAUGGAUGAUCAGCGUCAAAAGACGCUUGCAUACGAGUACUUGUGUCAUCUUGAAGAAGCUAAGAAAUGGCUGGAAGUAUGUUUACGAGAAAAUCUGCCAACGACCACCAAAUUAGAGGAAAAUUUGAGAAAUGGCGUAUACUUGGCAAAGCUCGGACACUUUAUGGCUCCCGAUAUUCUUUCAUUGAAUAAAAUUUACGACAUCGAACAAAAACGAUAUACUAUGGCUGGUUUAGAGUUUCGUCAUACAGAUAAUAUUAAUCACUUUAUGAGAUGUUUGAAAUCAAUGCAUCUACCGAUGACAUUUCAGCCAGAAACGACAGACAUCUAUGACAAAAAAAAUAUGCCACGAGUCAUAUAUUGCAUUCAUGCUUUGAGUACACAUUUAUUUAAACUGGGAAAAGCCCCUCAAAUUCAGGACUUGUACGGGAAAGUGAGCUUCACUGAUGAAGAAAUUGAUGCUGUUAGUAUGGAGCUGAAGGAAUAUAACAUACAAAUGCCACCAUUCCAAAAAAUUGGUGGCCUCUUGGCAACGAAUAUGGAAGGAGAUACUGCUGCGUCACAUGCUGCCAUAAUUGCUAUUAAUCAAUCACUCUCUGUACAGGAUGAGAACGCAACCUUAAUAAAGUUGAAGAACAUUGCAGCUUGUUUCAAGAAUAUCAAGAAUGAGAACAUUAAGUAUUAUUAUAAUACGUUGGUGGAAGCGAAAGAAAUGAAAGCGCAAGCUGCUCUCAAUAGAUCACUUAACGACAGUUACGGGCCUGAUGCAUACGAUGAACUUCUCACGCAAACUGAAAUUCAAGGUCACAUAAACAGCAUAAACGUUCAACGUGCAUUGUGCGCUGUAGUUGAAUCAAUUUUUGGUGAAAACAAACACCUGAUAUCUGCAUUGAGCGAUCCAGUUCUUCAAGUUCAGAAGGUAUCUUAUGAAAAUUGCCAAAUUUAUAAAGAGAAGAUCGCAAAACUAAUUCAGAAGAGAGAUUGGCAAGAAAACUUCCAUUAUCAGCAAAAACUUCUUCAGAAAACAGUAGAUAAUGCUAAUAAUAUUGCAUUAAACAUAUCCAAAAAAGAAACAGUAUAUUGCCUAAACAAAGCUUUACUAGAAGAGAAUCUUCAAGAAUUUUCAAAAACAUUAAUGGAUCCUAAUUUGGGGUUGAAUGAUAACAUUGAUGAAUUCUCAAUACCACUAUACUAUGAAGAAAUGAAGAUCGAUUGUACGGAAUCAAAGAAAAAUGUGUCCUACACAGACAUUGUAGUCAGCAUUCGAGUUUUGUCAACCAUAGCAGCUAUCACUAAAGCUGUAGAUAUAGGAAAUCUGGAACUGACUUAUCAAGCUUUAUGUUGCCCUGAAGCACAUAUCAUGGAUUUGGAGGAAGAGAAUAAAGUUAAGUAUUUUAUGGCCUUAACAGCUGUACGUUGUGAAAAACGAAUGUCAGGAGAGGGUUGUCCACUUUUAACGUACAACGAUAUACAGGAAAGUAUUGACCUUGUGAAUAAAAAAUGCCUCCAUGAUGAUGAAGUUAUACAAGUACUUCGGAAUUUAAAUUCAGCCGUAACGGAAAAUAAACGUGGGGAGGUAAUGGAGGCUUUGCAAGCCACGUCUUUAAAGCUAAAUAAACCAGUGUCUUUAGCCGAUACAUCGCUUUACCUGAAAUUAUUUAAAAAGUGUCUUUUCGAGAAGCAUUCAGAUGGUUCUGAAUUAUGGCUAGAAGACAUCCAUGAAGUGACUGAAAAAGUUGCAAAUGAAGCGCAAGAUGUUCAAUCUGCCUGCACCCUCUUAGCCCAAAUAAAUAAAGGAUUGCAAAAAAAUAAUUUUAUUUUCACGAUGAACUGGCUCAAGACAGCGGGUUUGCAAAUCAUGGAAAAAAACAGAGCUGAAUAUUUUGAAGCAUUAUGCACUCUAUAUAAAACAAAGAAAGAAAAUUAUGCGUGCCCUUACGUGAUCUACAUUACGCCUGCAGGAAAUGAGUCUCAUCUAGACUUGGAAAAGUUUUGCUAUACUUGGGAUUACCCGAAAAAAAUAACGGAAUCUCGUUACAUCACCUUUGACGACAUUCGGAGUAUACUAAAAAAAGUGACAAAUGAGUUACUUCAAAGUCAACCAGAUAAGAGGAUCAUUCAUUUGGUUCUUAAAUUUCAAGCUCAUAUUCGAGGUUAUCUAUUUCGUAAAAGAAUUUCUGACCGAUUUGCACAUUAUUACGAUAAUAUUAAAAAGGUGAAGCAAAUACAAAUUUGGUGGAGAAGCGUCUUAAUUCGUAAAUAUUACACAAAACUUCUUAAAGAGAGAGGGAAGCAGAGGGCACAGGAGUCAUAUCAAUUUUUAAGAGUUAAAGGCAAAUAUGAAUCUGUACUGGAGUGGUACAAAGAACAAGAAAAUAAAGUGAUAAAGAUCCAAGCUCUCUGGCGCGGUAAAGCAGCCAGAAAAGCUUUUCAUUCUCUCUUGCGUUUGGACAAGCCACCAUUGUCGGUAGUAAAACGCUUCUCCGCAAUUCUGAAUUUUAAUAACGAGGAUUACGAUAAAGAUCUUCAAUUACAACAAUUGAAAAAUGAAGUGGUAUUGUUAAUUCGACACAAUCAAAACCUGUCACAUCUGUUGGACAAUAUGGAUAUAAAAAUUGGUCUUUUAAUUCAAAACAGAAUUACUCUACAGGACGUUGUAGCGCAUGGAAAGAACUUGGAAUUUUUGACAAAAACAAAGAAUACUAGCAGAUUAUACAAGGAUUCCUCUUCUUAUAUAACAACCCACAAAGGACUGAAAUCUCUUACAAAAGAAGGACGUAGAAUGCUUGAGGGUUAUCAACAUCUAUUUUAUGCACUACAGACGAACCCCAUUUAUGUAUCAAAACUAUUGUUUUUAUUACCACAAAGCAAGUCGAACAAAUUUCUGCAAAACGUAAUCUUAACACUAUUCAAUUUUGGAACCAACAUCAGAGAAGAAUAUUUGUUAUUGAAACUUUUGGGAACUGCUCUUCAAGAGGAAAUCAGAUGUAAAUUUGACAAGCCUUGCGAGGUAGUUACAGGAAAUCCUCUUGUUCUCAAAAUGGCAGUUAAUUAUGCCAGACAAUUAAACGGACAGAGAGCUUUGCGUCAAAUUCUGGGUCCUAGUAUUCAAAAGAUUCUUUCCGAUAAGACUAUUAAUAUUGAAACUAAUCCAGUUGAUAUUUACAAGUGCUGGCGAAACCAAUUGGAAAUGGAUACUGGAGAAACUUUAGAUCUCCCAUAUACUCUUACACACGAACAAGCAUUACAAUAUGACCAGGUUCGACAAAGACUAAACAAUGGAAUAAAAGUACUUAAAAGCACAGUAAAAGAACUCCUGACAGGGAUAAUUGCAUCUAGAAAGUUGAUUCCUUAUGGAAUGUUGUACAUGGCGAAAGUUUUAAAUGAAACAUUGACUGCAAAAUUCCCAAAUUCACCCGAAAAGGAUAUGUUGAAAGUCGUCGGAAAUUUCAUAUAUUAUCACUUUAUUAACGCAGCAAUAGUAGCUCCUGACGCUUUUGAUAUAAUAUCACUGCCAAUCGAUCGAUCUUUGUCCAAUGACCAAAGACGCAAUCUUGCCAGUAUUGCGAAAAUUUUGCAGUUUGCAUCUUCGAAGAAAGGAUUUGGUGACGAGGCAACACAUUUGGUAUGUUUAAAUCCAUUCAUAAUAGAAUGCCACGAAAAAUUUAAGAAUUUUUUCCGAUAUUGUUGCCAAAUAGAAGAACUGGAGGAACAUUUCAGUAUCCAUGAAUACACGGAAGCUACUUUGAUACAAAAGCCUGAAAUAUGUAUCUCGUUGCAAGAAAUAUGCGACACACAUCAACUCGUACUGGAGUAUCAAGAUCAGAUCGCUUCCGAUCCUCUAGAUCCCUUGCAUGAACUUUUGGAAGAUUUGGGGACUGCACCUACCGUUGCUUCAUUAUUAGGUCUAGGUAAUUCAGCGAGUGAAACAAAUAUGUCUCGAUAUGGAAAAACUGAAGUAUGUCUGACGCUCACAAAUAAAUUCGAAGUUCCAGAAAACGAAGAAACGAAUUUAAAUAAAUUGUUUAUCAAAACGAAAGAGCUUCUAGUUUCUGUUUUACGAUUUUUGAAAGGCAACAAUUUAGUUGAGGCUCUAGAAGCGACUUCUUCACCCAUUCAAGAAAAACUGUAUGAUAUCCAGUACUCUUCUUCAAUACCUGCGUUAAACGUAGUUCACAACAGUUUAUCUUUGAAUGAUUGCAAACUACAGCUACUUUCAUACCUUAAGAAGCUUGAACUUGGUGGUUGGGUAUCACAAAAAGAUGGUUAUCAAAACAUUGUAACUGCAGUUGCUAAAGAUGUUUGCAAUAAAGGUAGAUAUCGCUUUAUCAGAAACAAGGAUCUCCAAAUGUUACGCGUAACAAAACAACGCCUCGAAGAAAAGUCUAAUUACUAUAAAGAGCAAGUGAAGUACUACAGCCAAUACAUUCAGCGAUGCCUCGAAAAUCUUCACACUGGAAAAGGAUCUUUACAUGCAAUCAAAAUAGGCCAAAAGAGGAAUCAUGGAAAAUUGAAGUCAAGGAUGACGUUAAAAUACUCUGGUGCUAAAUUGCAAGAAAAAGGUGUUCUCUUAGAAAUCGAAGGACUUCCUCAAGCUCAAUUUAAAAAUGUCACAUUCGAAAUAACUCCUACUGAGCGAAACGGGAUUUUUACUGUAAGAGGUAAAUUCAUGGGAGUGGAAAUGGAAACAAUUGACAUGGAUAUUCAAAAAUUAUUGGAACUUCAAUUCGAAGGUGCGCCCAUUAUCGAUAUGUUUGGAAAAGCUAAAAUCAAUGUUAAUUUACUCUUAUUCUUGUUAAAUCGUAAAUUCUACGUAAAUACAAAAACUUAGGACUUCUAAGUAUUUCAAUUUUUAAAUUAUUAUUAAGUCCUUGAAUACAAUAUAAUGACAGUUCAAGUUUUUAAAUAUCUGUAUUACACAAAAAUUAAUUUCUCAGAUAAUUAAAGAGAUAAUACAACAUUCGUCACUAAUUAAAUUAAUCUAAUGUGUAUACUUACUUCUAUUAUAAUUGAAGAUAGAUUCAAAAUAAGUCGAAAGAAUAAAGACAAGGAGGAAGGGGCAAAUAAAGACAGCAGUAUGGCCUAUAAAUACAAUUUAUACAAUCGUAAAAUUACGCCUAAAGCAUCAACUUUUAAAGAUACUCGAAUAUAUAAUAUUUAUUACUUAUUAUAAAUCGGAUGUUUAUGCAAAAAAGAUUUUUAACCAACGUAGGCCAACAUACAGACUUAUAGAAUCUCGUAUUUUAGUACACAACCACUUAUCCGUUUAUAUAACAUGUGCAACCUCUGAAGUGAAAAUUACGAAAUCACCAAAAUUUAGAAUUUUCGUAUGUCAUUGAAUUUUUCUAUGGAUUUUGUUUGCAGAUUAAUUGUAAAAUGUAUAUUUAUGGACUGGCAAUACAGUGAUAAAAAAGUGUUCUUUUCAAUAUUCAAAUAGAAUAGAAAAAACGCAAUUAUUCACAAUUGCAUUUUAAGAAAUAUUAUCAACACGAUUUCACUGGAAAACUUUCAAUACAAAUUUGCACUUUUGUAUUUCAUGUUCAAGAAAAGUAAGGCAUGUUUUUCUGUGUUUUUGGAAACAUGUCAUGUAUAAAUUUUAUAGCCGAUUCGCGUAUGUAUUUAUGAUAUUCACACAUCGCAUUGUAAUUUUUGACUUUAAGUAUCAGAUAACCAAUAGUUAUUUGUUAACGAAGUGCUUGAAACAGGUGAUUUCAUCGAGAGUGACGUUUUCAACAGGAGCUGGAUCCGAAUACUGCAAUCACACGAGUAGCAAUUAAAAAGUUGAAUUUUAGAGGUGGAUGUUGCAAAAACGAUUUUGUUUGUAUUAUAAAGCCUGAAAAUGGUUUCGUUCACAGUCCAAAAACGUAUUUUUCCCCCGUCGGCAUACUCUUAUCUCUAUGUGUAUUAUUAUAAGGGCCUGCUUAGUGAAAACUAAUAAGUAAUCUGCCAUUAUAAAUUGCAAUAAAUUGUUGUACAGAAAGAUACUUUUACAUUGAGAGAAGAGCUAUAAAUGGCAUGUCACGUUGAAACUGACUCUUAAACAGCGUAAAGUGUCAUCACCGCUAAGCUAUUUUAGGCAUCGCGCGAUCUUUUUCGAAUGUAACUUAUUGCGAAACUGCGAAUAAACAACGGCUUCAGCAGUGCUUAAAAUAAAUCAUCUUCAAACUGCACGUGCGCACAAAUUGUGCAUUGUCUGCUGAAAUAAUGCCCUUUAGAUACAAUUUUCAAGAAUGAAAAGUGAAAUUUUAGAGGUGGAUGUUGCAAAAAUAACUUUUUUGUUUUAUAAAGCCUGACAAGUGUUUGUCCCUAUCGGUAUACUAUUAUCUGCUUGCUCAGUGAAAAUCAAUGAGUAAGCUCGCAUGGAAAAUUUCAAUACGUUGGCGUAUAUAGAAACAUUUUUUAUUUUCAAAAAGACAUAAAGGGGUUCUGAUAUUUAAAUCCUGUAAAUUUACUCUUGGCUUUGUGAAUUUCUAAAUGGAAUAAAAUAUCAUAAAUG